CGUGUGCCCAGGUCCCUGGGGCCACUCUCUGAGGAGAACUUCCAGCGCCUGGCCGAGGCCGGGGUGCAGAGCCCCGAGUUCACCGCACUCUGUGCCCAGCUGGUGGCGGAGCUCCGAGCCCUCUGCCCCCUGGAGGAGGACGUCAGUCCCACCAGCGGCCCUGAAGAUGCCGAGACCUUCCAGAUUGAGCUGAGCGGGCUGCUGCAGGAGCUGCACUGCCCCUACGCCGCGCUCACCACGGGGGACGUGACCGCCCGGCUGGGCAGCGCCCACAGCUGCCUCCAGCUGCUGUACUUCCUGAGCUCGGAGCUGCAGGCCGCCCGGCUCCUGAGCUGGAAACGCCCCCCUUCGCCGCGGCAGGGAGCGGGGGCCGACGCUGCCCGGCGGGAGCUGCAGCUCAUCAACCAGGCGCUGGGCAGGCCGGAGCCGGCCCCGACCUGCCCCAUCCCCCAGCUCCUGGAGGACAUAAAAUCCAAGGUAGCGGAGGCCCUGUCCGCGCUGCCUGCCGGCCACCAGGAGAUGGCGCCGCUGCUGAGGGCGCCGCUGACGGCUCGGCAAUGGGAGGCGCUGGAGGGGAUCCGGCAAGCCCUGUGUGCCGAGUACGAAUGCCGCAAGCGCAUGAUGAUCACACGCUUCAACGUCACCCUGCAGUCCUUCCACUGGUCCGAGAGGGCAAAGGCCCAGGGCGCCGCCCUGCUGGCCGCCGUCUCCCCGCUGCGGCAGGCUGAGUCGGUCGCCUCCGGCAUCACCCCGGCCCAGCUGCUGGCCGCCCGCGAGGACGCCUCGCGCAUCGUCAGCACCAGCAGCGGGCGCUGCCGCCACCGGACCAGCUGCGCCAUCAACAAGGUGCUGAUGGGCAGCGUCCCGGACCGAGGGGGCCGCCCCAAGGAGAUCGAGCCCCCCAUGCCCACCUGGGAGAAGAGGCGCGAGGGAGAAGGAGGCCAGCAGCGCUGGGGCCGACGGAGCAAGAAGAAGAAAUGAAGCCUGCUCCGGCUCUGCCGGGAGCUCCCCCCCCCACACUGCAGGGGGGCGGGCAGAGCAUCUGGGGGGCAAAGACCCAAGGACUCAGAGCCCAGCUAGGCAGAGUGGGCGGUGGAGGGGAGUUGGGGCUCAGAGGGGCUGCGCCCCCCUACAGCCAAGGGGUGAUAGAGCAGCUACUGAUCAGAGGCCAGGACGCCUGGGUUCUGGUCCCAGCUCUGGGAGGGGAGUGGGGUCUGGUGGCUAGAGCAGGGGGUGCUGGGAGCCAGGACUCCUGGGUUCUGGGAAGGGAAGUGCAUGGAGUGCACCAUGUUGCACUUAACACAUUCCCCAGCAGGGGGUGCUGCAGCUUUUGCUUUGGCAAUUGGAAUUUGGAGCCGAUUGUUUUAGAAGAGGCUGCGGGGAGGGGGCGGGCGGGGGCUCGGGGGCUGCGCGUGGCUUGUUGAUUUGCCCUUUGUAAACUGAGGCACGAGGCGGUUGCCUUGCUGGCGUGGAGGGGGGGACCCUGCGGGGCUGCGUUCAGGGGCUCUGCAGGGGGCUGGCAGCUUGAUCUGUGCUGUUGUAAAUGUCAGGCUCUGGGCUCAAUCGAGGGGUCGGUUUGUACCGUGAUCGACGGGCCCUUCCGAGGGGAUUAAAGUGUCGACGCCAAA